UGGGCUGGGGGCUUGGUUUUUCCACGUAUUGCUCUUGGGGUCAUCGUGCGUACUGUAUAUAAGAGGGUUAUGAGGGCAUGGGAUACGGGCUGGAGUAGAAUUCAAGUUCACUUUAACGCAAACAAAAGCAAUAGAAACGAGUCCGUACUCAAGAACCGCCAAGAUGAAGACUGCAGCUCUCGCACCGCUCUUUUUCCUCCCCUCUACCCUCGCCGCGACGAUCUAUCUCGCCGGUGACUCGACCAUGGCGAAGAAUGGUGGUGGAUCUGGCACGAACGGCUGGGGUCAGUACGUCUCGAGCUACGUCUCAGCCAGCGUGGUCAACGACGCUGUGGCGGGCCGCAGCGCGCGCUCGUAUACGCGCGAGGGCCGGUUCGAGAACAUCGCCGAGGUGGUGAAAAAGGGCGACUACGUGAUUAUCGAGUUCGGCCACAACGACGGUGGCUCACUGUCGACGACCGACAACGGCCGCACCGACUGCGGCGGCACCGGCAGUGAGGUCUGCUACAGCGUCUACAACGGCGUCAACGAGACCAUCCUGACCUUCCCUGCCUACCUCGAGAACGCCGCCAAGCUGUUCACCGCUAAGGGCGCCAACGUCCUCAUCAGCAGCCAGACCCCCAACAACCCCUGGGAGAGCGGCUCCUUCAACUACUCCCCCUCGCGCUUUGUCGGAUACGCCGAGCUGGCGGCCGAGGCUGCCGGGGUGGGGUACGUCGACCAUGGCGCCUAUGUCGCCGCUAUCUAUGAGUCCUUGGGCAAAGACACGGUUGACUCUUACUUCCCCAAUGAUCACACCCACACCAGUCCCGAGGGAGCCCAGGUCGUCACUGAGGCCUUCUUCAAGGCUGUCGUCUGCACUGGCGCCUCGCUGAAGAAUGUCUUGACGACGACGAGUUUCGAGGGGUCGUGUCUAUAGUGAAGAGUUUGGGGAAAGGGAUGGGAGACGGAAGUCAUGUUAUGUAUAGUGUAGUUGCAUUGCAAAUG